AUGGUGUUCCGGAAGAAGUCCGAGGGAGGAUCCGUCGUCCGGCGACCUCGCAAGCCACGGGACACGACUCUGGCUCCGGUGAAGCGCUCCGCGAGGUUAAAGAAAAAGCAGAUGUAUGCUCUUGAUCUGCUCGCCACAGUUGCAGAAUCCUUGUCCUCAGAUGAGGAUGAUUAUUCCACCGAAAGCGACCAAGAUGGAGCGGAAGCAAGUCAUAAUUCAGACAGAAUAGCUGUUAAAUCAGAACAAUUUGAUGAAGCCCCGCAGCUCAAUAGCAUAGCAUUGGAGAAUGAUUGCUCCAGAGGAUAUACAGUGGGCUGUGAUGGUAUCUGUGCCUCUCUUGGACAAACUAGCAUACGCAAGACAGAGGACUUAUCGACCCAGAAUGUUGCUGAUACAGUAGAGGGGUCACUGAUAGAAAAGGCAGAUGCAGACAACUUAUUGACCCAAAACAUUGCUGAUGCAGCAGCAGAGCCACUGAUAGAAAAGAAGCCAGAUGUGUUUGCUGAGGGCUCAUUGGUUAGUUGUACAAAACCAUCUCUGUUGGAUUGUGGUCUUGGCACAAUUCCAGAGUAUGGAACUAUUGGAGUAUGCCAUCCUUGUUUCCCGACAUCAGCAGACGUUAAACAAGUGCAUCAAGCCACACCUGCAAUAAUCAGAAGUCUGGUAGAUGGCAAUGCCGCAGCUCUGCAUGGUUUGGUUGACACCAUGGAUCUGGAUGUCAAACCUUCUGUGCUUAAUUCUGAGAGUAGCUCAGGAGUGCACUUGGGUGGCCAUGACAAUGGCCAUAAGGCUUCUCCACUCUAUCCGGUUCAAGUGCAGCAUGCUGCAGAUAUAGAUAAUGAUGAAAAAUCCACCAGGUGUGUGCUUCCAAGCACCUCAGGAAGCAAGGGUGGUUAUUUGUCAUAUAAAGGUGACUGUAGAACAAGGAGAUUGUUGUCCACCAGGAUGAGGAAGGCAGCUCGUAAUAAGAUGUGUGGAGAGCUGCCCAAUAAAGGUAGCAAGUUCUGUGGAAAGAAGAUAUCCGCUACACGUCGAAGGGCGCAGAUGCAACGAAUGCUCAAGACAAAAAAAGUAGUUGAAUGCUACUCUGCACAGCCAUCUGAUGAAGGGGUCCUAACUGAAACCAGUGGGACAUCAUGCUCCAGGGGAGGUCAGGAUCCAACUUGUGCUUCUGAGUCCAGUCAAAGAAAGCCAUGUGCUUCUGAGGGCUGUAAUGUCAAGUUCAUCAUCAAGUCUUUCAACAUUCCUGAGCUAUCAAUUGAGGUCCCUGAAAAUGCAACAGUUGGUUCAUUGAAGAGAAUUGUAAUGGAUGCUGUUACUAGUAAAAUUGAAGGCAGCCUCAGUGUCAGUGUGCUACUUCAAGGGAAGAUCAUUCAAGAUGACAAUAAGACGCUUCAUCAGGCUGGGAUUUGCCACGGGGCAAAACCAGAUAGCAUAGGCUUCACACUGGAAUGUGAAGCUAAGCAAGAUUCUCGUCCUUCAGGACUAGCACCUGAAGAGAUGGACUCCGCUGGUCCAUCUGUUGUGAAUCCGUUGUCGAAGAUUUCCUAUACGCCACCAUUUUCCAGGAUAAAGUUUGAACAGCCUUUUAUAAGCUGCACUCUGGGUGAUUAUCCCUAUGAAGGGGCUGCGCAAGUCAGGUCAGAAAUCUGCCAAGCGAUCGUCCCCUAUGGGACUUCAAACCCAGACGCGCUGGCCAUCGUGCCAGUUGUUCCCAGGUCAAGGCAGAGGGACUUCGGGCAAAGGCGUAAGCGCAGGCCCUUCUCCGUUGCUGAGGUGGAGUUGCUGGUGGAAGCUGUGGAGCUGCUUGGUUUCGGCAGGUGGAAAAACGUCAAGAACCAUGCGUUUCGCGACAAUGAGGAGAGGACCUACGUCGACCUCAAGGACAAGUGGAAGAACCUGGUGCACACGGCGAGCAUCCCCCCGCAGCUCCGGCGGGGGAGGGCGAUCCCGCCGCAGGACCUCCUGGACCGCGUGCUGGCGGCGCAGGCCUACUGGACCGUGCACCACGCCAAGCGCGACGAGGAGGAAGGCAGAGACUAG